UUUUAUACAAAUUUGUUCGUUAAUUAAUAAGUACAAAAAGUUAUUCAGAUAUAAAUAAAUUUGUGUUUAAACUCAAAAUUCGCAGUUAUGGAUAGUAUUAUAACGCCCCAACCGCAUCUUAUACCAGGCUAUACCGGUCAUUGUACAGAAAAUCGUGAUCGAGUGGGUCGAACUUAUGGCAAGCAGACGCAUAAACUUCUCAUUGAUCCCUGCAUCUAUCAUGCUCCGGAGCUAAUUGUCCCGCCCAUAAAUGUCAAACAAGGCGUUAAGAAAGAUUUUCCCACCAAGAAUGAGUUGAAGAUAUUGCAUGAGCGUGAACAAUUUGUGGAUGCCGUGUAUAAGCAUCCCAUAAUACCUGGCUAUGCCGGGUUUGUGCCAAAUAUGGCCAAACAGAUGGGUAAACGUUAUGUGGCCGCCGCAUCAGCCGGUGUGGCCCAGCACGAGACUCUGAUGGAGCUAUAUCGAUGCGAGAAGCGAACUCUCAGACAUCGAGAUUUACUGGAAAGUGGUAAAGGUCUAUUCGAGCAUAAGUUAAAUGAACGUUUGCUACCUCAAACGAAUUACCGGGCUCCUCUGCUUCCGGUUACGGGACGCAGUAAAGGCAUACGCCAAGAGUCAUGUCCGCCCACAAUUGAAAAGUUGCGUUAUAGCAAAUUUACCACGCCCCAUUUCCUAGAGGAUGACGAUGAGGAUAAAUUCAUAAUUAACUCCUAUGCCGCUCAUAUACCCAUGACAGCGACACGAUUUGGUGAAUCCAACAAAGUUUUGACACGACGAGCCCUCUGCAGUUUCUCGGACUUUAUGUACAAGCGGCGGCGGGAUCGAUGGUGUUGUGGCCAGGAUUUGAGUGGGCCAACUGUCAAUUGCCCGCCAGUGGGACAUUUCUUGAUCUAUCACAAGGAUUCGGGCAUGACUCCCAAUUACGCUGGACACGUUCCAGGGGCCAUGUAUAAAUAUGGACGCACCUAUGGCCGGACCACCUUUGAUGCUAAGCGUUGGUUGUGCCUUCACAAGGAUUUAGAUGUUCUGCCGGAAGUUGCUCAUCUGGACUAUGAAUAUUAAUAUCUAAAUUUGUAUUGUUUGUUUUAAGUAAAGUCAGUGGUUAAUUAUAA